CAUCAUUCUCUUCUCAUGAUAUCCGGAUUGUUUAUGACCUUUAUGACACCCCGCAACGAUCGAAUACAUCAUAACCUCAAAAUAUUCAUCAGAUGGUGAUCUGCUUGACUACAGCAUAAGCCCUAAUUAUAGACUGACCUAAACUCGUAAAAAAAAUUUCCAACCAACCGUCGGAACAGCUGCUUGAAAUAGCAUCGAAUGUUCAGGCUGUUAUACAACAACCUCUUGUUCUGUACAUAGAUAAUUACAAAUGAAGAAUCGCUGGUUUAAGGAAUGAUCUUACUCUGCCAAUCAGAAAACAAAGAUAACAAUACAAUGUAGUAAUAACGAGAAGUUCCCAAAGUGCAUUUGCUACUGAAGUAAUAGAAAUCAGCAAAAAGGUGAUAAGUUUGAAAAAAAUCCCCGAAAAAUCUACACCUUCUCGAGUCAGUAUGGCUGUUUUACACAGAGCAUUGUUCACGUGGUUCAAUCUAUUGAUAUUCCUAAUACUCCUGGUGUUGAGACUGGAUCUUAGAAUACAAUGGAAUUGGUUCAUAGUUUUCAUACCAAUGUGGCUAUACGACAAUAUUCUAUUAAUCUAUAUAAUAUUUCGCAUGAUAUCGCACUGCAAGAACGGACAUGAUCACGUCAGCAGUCUACGUCGUAAAGCAUGGUACAUGACUGCUGUUCUGACUAAGCUGUGUGGCCAAGUUCUUCUCUGCCUUAAAUUGGAAGUAGUUCAAUCGGAUUUGCCGGCCAAAGCUGUACUCGCCCCCUUGUGGCUUUUACUCCCAGCACUAGGGUGCGAUGUCUUUGUCCAUCUCAUUCAACACUCUCGAUACUAACUGACCAAUAAUGUACAUUAUCACACAACCAAAGAUCCACAGUAAACAAAUUCACCUCUCCCUGGUUUUUGGUUGUAAAUAAAACAUUAUGUCAUUAUUUCUACAUAUAUGUUACGAGUAAAUUAUUUUUCACCUAA